UACUUUGAACACGCCUGGUCGGUGCUAAGCAUCAUCGGCGUCUUUAACGUGUUCCUGGGGCUGUUGAUUAUUGGAAUCACGUCGUUUUCCAAGCUCAUCGUAGUACCCAUCGUGUCGUCAGCAGCUGGUGCCAUCGCGAAUGGACUCUACUUCCACGCUUACUAUGAUAAGCCGUACCCUCUUGCGAAGAGGGCGGCAGCGGCAGCUAUUGGAGAUAUAUGCUGGCUUAUACAAGAAGCAGGGUUACCAUUCUACAGCUUCAUCACCCUCAACAGACUCCUUCGAGGGACAAAACGCGAAGUCUUCCACACGGUAUUCUGUUUGACUCUCGUUCUCGUCACCGCCGUCAAAGUAAUGAUCAUCUACUACCGUCUCCUCCGUAUCCUAAGGAAAGACGACGGCCUCCAAGGCAUCAUCAUCAGGAUCCACAUCGCCUACUUUGGCCUCCUUGCAGUCAGCGAGUGCGUCAGCGCCUACUUUCUCCUCCGCAUCUUUGCCGAAGUCAGGAAGUCGUCCAAAGAGGCCGGUCUCCGGACGAGCUUUAUACGGUACCUAAUGCGCAGCACAGAGAUCCGCGUCGCUUCGCUGGCUGUGGCGGCGGCGAUACGGGUUAUUACGCAUUCGUUGAACGUGUGGCAGAGUAGUCCCGCGACGAGAUAUGUUGAUCGGGCUGCUUAUGCGCUGGGAUGCUUCUUUCCCGUUAUUAUGUACGUCGACUUGUUGGCUUCCAAGCUGCAGUUUACGACACAG